AUGUGGAUGCACAUUCUCUCUUUGGCUCUGGCUCUCGCUUCUGUUGUUCUUUGCUUGGACUCCAAUGAGAUUCGCUCCUCUAGAGAAAUAAUAACGGACUCUCAGCAGACAGCCAUGCCUGCAGUGAGGGAGACAGUAGAUGUGAACGUCCAUAAUGUUGUAAGACGACGACAGCAGGCUAACUGCACUCAGAAACAUGAAAAGGGAUGUCGAGGCUCGAGGAAAAGACAGCGUCAUGGUAAAGCAAGUUCAACAGCACUACCAGAAGUUGUGAGAAGACAUGAAUGUUUGAAAUCCCGUGAUUGUGAAGAAGGAUGGUGCUGUGUUCACUACCCAAGCGGCAGACGGUGCCAACGUCUCCUUCAGAAAGGAGAUGUCUGCCUUUUAGGAGGGAAACCCAAAUCCAAAUCCCGCAUACACCUGGAGCGAUGCGGCUGUGGAGCAGGCCUGCAGUGUCGUUGGCAGGUCGGAAACCGUCAGGGCCAAGGAGUGUGUCAUGUUUAAUUCAUGGCUAUAAGACACACUGCACUGCUCACAUUGACUUCUUUGCCAGCACACAGAAGCUAAAGAUCAUCUGGUCAUGCACUAAUUUAAUGUCUGUUUUAUACCAUACAACUUUUUAUCAGCUGCAACGGGCUGCAACAGUGGCCAAAAUCCAGUGGUCUUAUAGUUCACACAGAUGUAGUUGUGGUAGCUUAGUUAUUAAAAUACUUGACCACUGAUCUGAUAGAAAGAUCACUGGUUUAAGCUUCAGCAC